GCAAAAAGGCCAAACUGCGUUCACCCUAGAGCAGGCCUAGGCAAACUUCGGCCCUCCAGGUGGUUUGGACUCCAACUCCCACAAUUCCUGAUCAUUGAACAAACUGGCUGGGCCUUCUGGGAACUGGAGGCUGAGGAUGCCUGGUGUAGAUGCGCCCAGUGUGUUGGUAGGAAUGCUUCAAGCCUUGAGGCCACAGGGCCAUCAAAUGCUAAUCAAGACGCGGUCUUUGCUGGGUGUAUUUGAAGAAGAUGCUGCUGCAAUUUCCAGAUAUGUUAGCCAAUUGUAUCAAGCAAUGCACCGAAUCUACGAUGCUCAGAAUGAAUUGAGUGCAGCUACCCAUUUGACUUCAAAACUUUUGAAAGAAUAUGAAAAACAGCGUUUCCCUUUGUGGGGGGAUGAUGAGGUUAUGAAUUCUACGCUGCAACAGUUUGCAAAAGUGAUAGAUGAGCUCAGUUCUUGUCAUGCAGUGCUGUCAACUCAACUAGCUGAUGCUAUGAUGUUUCCCAUAACCCAGUUCAAGGAAAGAGAUCUGAAAGAGAUACUGACUUUAAAAGAAGUUUUCCAGAUCUCAAGCAAUGAUCAUGAUACUGCCAUCAACAGAUACAGUCGACUGUCAAAAAAGAGAGAAAAUGAAAAGGUCAAAUAUGAAGUUAUGGAAGAUGUAUAUACGUCCCGAAAGAAACAACAUCAGACUAUGAUGCAUUAUUUCUGUGCUCUAAAUACUCUGCAGUAUAAGAAGAAAAUUGCCAUGUUAGAACCUUUAUUAGGCUACAUGCAAGCUCAGAUAAGCUUCUUUAAAAUGGGCUCAGAAAAUCUUUCUGAACAGCUGGAACAAUUUUUAACAAAUAUUGGAACAAGUGUGCAAGAGGUUCGCAAGGAAAUGGAUCGUGAAGUAGAAAUAAUGCAGCAAACUAUAGAGGAUUUGGAAAUAGCCAGUGACCCACUCUACUUGCCUGACCCCGAUACUACAAAGUUUCCUUCACAAAGGAAUCUUACUCGAAAAGCUGGUUAUCUUAAUGCAAGAAGUAAAACAGGGCUGGUGUCAUCCAGCUGGGACCGGCAGUUUUACUUCACUCAGGGUGGAAACCUCAUGAGCCAGGCAAGAGGCGAUGUAGCUGGAGGGCUUGUUAUGGACCUAGACAAUUGUUCAGUCAUGGCUGUGGACUGCGAAGACCGGAGAUACUGCUUUCAAAUAACAUCUUUUGAUGGGAAAAAAUCUUCAAUUUUGCAAGCAGAAAGCAAAAAGGACUAUGAAGAGUGGAUAUGUACAAUAAACAACAUCUCCAAACAGAUAUACCUAAGUGAAAACCCAGAGGAAAUGGCUGCACGUGUGAAUCAGUCAGCUCUGGAGGCUGUCACUCCCUCGCCUUCCUUCCAGCAGAGGCAUGAGAGCAUGAGGCCCACUCCGCAGACCCGUCCUCCCACAACGCGUACUAGCAGUACUGGAUCUAUAGGAUCAGAUUCAGCAUCUUUAUCAGCACUUUCCUUGGACUCUCUUGUUGCACCUGACACACCAAUACAAUUUGAUAUCAUUUCACCAGUAAGUGAAGAUCAACCUGGUCAAGCAAAAACUUCAGGGCAAGCAGGCAGACGUACAAAUCCUUUCGGAGAAUCUGGAGGAACCAAAUCGGAAACAGAAGAUUCCAUUCUUCAUCAGUUAUUUAUUGUACGAUUCCUUGGAUCCAUGGAGGUGAAGUCGGAUGAAAGUUCUGAUGUUGUUUAUGAAACAAUGCGCCAAAUACUCGCAGCUCGAGCCAUCCAUAACAUUUUCAGAAUGACAGAGUCACACUUGUUAGUCACGUGUGACUGCUUAAAGUUAAUUGAUCCACAGACCCAAGUGACAAGAUUAAGGUUCCCUUUGCCAAAUGUAGUUCUGUAUGCCACACACCAGGAGAACAAGCGCCUUUUUGGGUUUGUGCUUCGGACAUCAACAGGGAGAGCAGAUAGCAGAUCAACAUCUGUCUGUUACAUAUUUGAAUCAAAUAAUGAAGGAGAAAAGAUCUGUGAUUCUGUAGGGAUAGCGAAACAGAUUGCGUUUCAUACUGAACUGGAUCGUAGAACAUCAGAAAAGCAGAAAGAAAUAGACAAAGUAAAAGAAAAACAGCAAAAGGAACUCAGUAAACAAAAACAAAUUGAAAAGGAUUUAGAAGAACAAAGCCGACUAAUAGCUGCUUCCAGUAGAUCAAGCCAAAGUGUCGGUGAAGGACAGUUUGUAGUCCUUAGUAGCAGCCAGUCAGAAGACAGUGAUUUAGGAGAAGAUGGGAAGAAGAAGAAAGAAUCUGAAGCAUGAGGAAACUUCAGCGCAGGUGUUUGGACUGGUUGCACAAGAUCAGCUGCAAGUUAUAGAAGAAGAAGCAAAGGUGGAGGGUUUGUUUUAAAUGAGAUUUCAUAUUCUGCCCUGUUAAGCUUUGAUUUUACUUAAACUGUCUGCUUAAUGUAAAUGUGGACUCUCUUCCCAAUCCUAAAAAGUGUGAUAAUAGCUAUAGCAGAAUUGGAUUUUGAAGGUCUCUUAUUUUUCUGUGCAGAUGACUUCAUGAGGGAAGACUUUGCCAUAGAUUAAGCACAAAGAAUUCAUGCUUUUUAUGUCCGCUUUCUGUUUGCAGCUUCAGAGGGUUAACUGGGCUUCAUCUGUUUUGACAAAACGAGGUGUUUGUGGCACAUUUCGGUAUUAAAAAAUUCAAUUUGAUCCAGGUGCACUCCAGUUCAUGAAAUGUAUGCCAUAUGGAAUGUAAUUUGAAGAUGUUAUUUUAAUUCCUGAAAAUGACUGAGAGCAGAAAUACCAGGGUGCCAAUUUGUACGUAAAUACAUCUUGGAAGAAAUUUGUGUUUGUUGGGGGGGGGGGGUUAUAAGAUGUGAUGUUUAGAUUAAAGAUGAGAUCAUUAUUUUUAUGUUAGAUUUCAUUGGCCGGUACUGGUCUUAGUGUCCUUGCAACUGUAUUUCAGAGCAAUUGUGUAGAGGUAAUUGUUGGGAAGGAUGCAAUGAGAAUUCUGCUUCUGCAGAUAGAAUUGGGAAGGGGCAACAUGGUCUUCCUCCUACAGUCCUUUUGUGCACCAAAAAAACCUCUGAAAGACUAGCUCAUCUAUUAGAUUUUGAUGCUGCAGAGGAAUUGGAAAGAAGGGGGGAAAGGCUUGAUGGCAGAGGUCACACAGGACCAGUACAUUUAUGCAGUUAAAUUCUUGCCUGUCUGAAUGUAUGUGCCCUGCUCUUUGAAGUCCCUUCUCAUUAGCAGAGUUUGAGAAUACGUUGAUGAAAGUACUAUAUGUACCUGAAGACGUUGCCAUAAUUGGCCUUAUUUCAGUAAACUCCUGCAGAAUAUCUUAUGUGGUUUAAUCUUUGAAACCAUUUAAGAGCCUCAUCUGGGUAUCUUUUAAUUCUUUUAGUUAAUUUCCCCCAACAUAAUUUUAAUUAACUGAAUUUUAUAUUGGUCUUUUCUUCCAAAGAAAGAGGAAAGUUAAUGAGAAAAAAUGGGUUGGAUUCAUAAUCCUUCCAUAGAUUAAAAGUACCACCGGAAUCGCUGCUAACCAAUUUUUUUAGAGCUGCCAUCAUGUUUAACCCAUUCGUCAGGUUCUUCUGUUCUGGUGUGUAGUAUUUUCCAGGGGCUGCAGGAUUUACUGCAGGGGGAAAGAGAGAGGGAAGUUGCCUGUCACUGGAUCUAACCUUUUGUGUCUGAUUUAUAUAGGAGCCUUUACUUUAUGAAGAUUGUGAAUAAAAAUCCAAUAAAUUCAUUUCAUCCCACUGACCCAUUUAAUCAAAAUCCCAGAUGAUCAGAAGAGACAGAUGGUGCACAAAUAAAUUCAGGAAUGGCUUCAUCUGCUUACUGGUCGCCUAAGGAAUCUCUUUCUACCUCCCUGAAGAUUUAGAUCAAUAUGGCAUAUGAAAUUAGGAAUUGAACAUACUGUGACGGUUAAUUCAGAGCCGGCCAGGGCAGUAAUCCACUACAGCUGGGCUCCAUCCUGCACGCCAACCCGACGAGGCAGGACUAUAUUCUAUUUUUGAUGUAACCAUUAGCCCCUUUCCCCUUCUCCGUCAGUUUGUACAUAACUCUGCCUGAACGGGUCGCCAUACACCCUGAUUUAUGCCAAUUAAAAUAUUUCCAAAUGCUUCCAAUACUAUUUUUCCCAUGAUAAGAAGGAACAAUUCCUCAUUCUCAGGAUGGCCUCAGAGAUAUCACUAUGUAACAUGAUUUUUGUUCCUGGGUUAUAAAUGUAAUUUCCUAAUCAAUUCUAUCAUAAAAAACAAGGGAAAUGUUUAUUCAACUGCAAAUACUUUGUUUUUGCCGUCUGCACAAAGAUUAACAUUGCAUAUUUUCAUUAAGAAAAAUUACAAAUGAAAAUGGCCACACUAGGUUUAGUGCCGCUGGGGCUGAUUCAACUUUCAUUAUGUUGAUUGUUCCCGGGAUAGGUGGUUUGUGUAGAACUGUUCUUUUCCCUAAUUUCUUUAGAUUCACUACUUACCGUAUAUACUCGAGUAUAAGCUGACCCGAAUAUAAGCCGGGGCACCUAAUUUUACCAGAAAAACUGGGAAAACUUACUGACUCGAGUAUAAGCCGAGGGUGGGAAAUGCAGCAGCUACAGCUAAAUUUCAAAAUAAAAAUAGAUUCCAAAAAAAUUACAUUAAUUGAAGCAUCAGAAGGUUAAAUGUUUUUGAAUAUUUACUGUAUUUCAAAGCAAAACAGUAAACUAGCUCUGUAAGUGGAAAAAUAGGAAAAACAAAAACAAUAUGGUAUCAACAAUAACUUUUUAAUAAUAAUAAUGACAAAACUUCAUUUGUAUCCCGUCCUAUCAUCCCAUGGGGACUCAGGCCAGCUUCCAAUAUUGUAACACAAACAUUCAAUGCUUGUAUAAACAAAAAAUCAUUAAAAUGGAAACAAAACAAACAAAACAAAAGGCAAUACUAACAUUGUAUAAUAAGUUAAAAUAAACAGUUGCAUUAAAUAAUUAUUAAAAAACCCAACAGAGGUAGUGUCAUAUCAGUUCCCUUUCCGUGUAAAAGUGCAAAAACCUUAGCUCAAUCAGCAACCAAGCUAAAACACAAGAGUUAAAAUCCUUCAAAAUUGGAUUCCUCCUCCUCAUCUGUAUGUCCUAACAGAGCUUCAGCUGUAGCUGGUGUGAGGGUAUCAGCAUAGACAUUGUCGUCAUCACUGAUUUCACAGUCAUCAUCAUCACUGCUGACAUUCUCAUACAAAGCACUGUCUUCACUGCCAUCCAUGGAAUUACUAAUGCCACAUUUCUUGAAGGUGCGCUGCACCAUGUCCUCUGGAAUCUCUUCCCAUCCAUCACGAACCCACUUCGCUAUCAGUUCUAUUUUGGGCUUCACCAGAUUUCCAACUUUUGUCAGUCGGGCUUGACCACAUGACAUCCAUUCAUGCCACAUCUUUUGUACACGGUCUUUGAAUGGUUUAUUUAAACACACGUCUAGGGGCUGCAAUACAGAUGUAAGCCCACUUGGAAUAACAGCCAAAGUAACUUGAGAAGACUUUACCAAUUUUUUAAUGUCAUUAGAUGUGUGGGCUCUGAACAUAUCUCAAACUAGCAAUGAUGGUUUUUGCUUUAAGGCUGUUCCUGGUCGUCUGUUCCAAAUUUCUUCCAUCCAUUUUUUUUGUUCCAUCUUCAUCCUCAGCCUUUUACAUGUGUGCGCACUGUAAUUCAUGGUGGGAAUUUUGCUUUUUUAGGCAAGGUCUUUCUUUUAAAAAUAAUUACAGGACACAGCUUUGUGCCAUUAGCCAAACAUGACAGAACAACUGUGAAAUGGUUUUUUUUCAUUUCCUGUGGUUCUGAGGAAAAUAGUUUUGUCUCCCAAACUUGCCACAGUCCUGUUGCUUGGAAGAUCAAAGGUCAUAGGUGUUUCAUCCAUAUUCCCAAUAUCUCCCAGGUCAUAGUUAUGGAUCUUUCUUUGUUUUAUGAUGAAUGAAUGGAAUGACAUCACUUUUUCAUCAAGGUCUUUGGGCAAUUUCUGUGAAAUCUUUGUUCUUUGCCGCAAACAUAGGGCAAACCUGUUCAUGAAGCGGGUACACCAUCCUGCUGACGCAACAUUUUCAAUACCUGGUGCUUUAAAUUGGUCAUCUUUGGCCAUUUGAAGGGCACGUAAGCGAAUUCCCAUGCAUGUUACACAGUAACCAUUUUGACGACAUUCCAUAACCCAGUUAUGCAGUUCAGUCUCUAGAGCCCCAUAUGAAGUUGUUAAACCACGUCGAGCUUUCUUUGACUUUGGUAUCUUUUCCAAGUCAGCUUUCCUUUUCCGCCACUCCCUCACUUGUUUUUCAUCAACACAAAAUUCCCGACUUGCAAUGCUGUUAUUGCUUUCUUCUGCUCUUGCCACAACCUUAAGUUUGAAUCCAGCUUCAUAUGACCUGCGUUUUUGUUUUGGUCCAGGAUUACCGGUAGAAGUUGAGGGCUCCAUUUCUAACAGAAUAUAUAUAUAUAUUUUUAAAAAAGAAUGUUCUUCAGGAUGGUCACCCGCUCCUUCUUUCCUCUCCCAUUAUUUAAGAUGGCUGCCCUUUCCUAAUAUCCAAAAUAGCCUUCUUAAUCACUUGCAAGAUGGCCAACUUUGUAAUGUAUCCCUCCCAAUAUGCAAGAUGGCUCACUGCUGCAGAGUCCUGGCAGCAGUAGUUUGGUAUGGUACGAGCACUCUUUGGCAGUGAAAGAUAAAGACCUUGUAAAACUACAGAUCUUGGGAUUCCAUAGCAUUGAGCCAUGGCAGUUGAAGUUAUAUGCCAUGCAUCUUUGGCGUUGAAAGCUAAAGACCUUGUAAAACUACAAAUCUUGGGAUCUUGUAAAACUUCUGUUUUUCUAGACAUACAUAUCUGGUGAUUGGGGUUUGGGCUCAACAAUUACUUUCUGAUAAAAUCCUGUGCUGUUCCAUCCACCAGAUUAUAUUUGAUAGAGCCUUUUGAAGGGCUAGAAAUUAUUUACCUUAAACAGAACUGAGCCUUUGGUGUUUUUCUUCAGUACUGGGAGUUGUAGUAUAGUAUAGGACAGGCCCUAUUUGGAAGGGAGGCACUGACCCUCUGUUAAUUUAGGUGGUGCCAGAGUGCAGUUCCUCUCCUGUUUGGUGUCUCUAGCCCUUUAAGGAAACACCUGAGGUUACCGGAAGGCAUGCAGGCAGUCAGGCACGCUGCAGCCUGGCCCCAUUCUGAGGAGUGUAGAGGAAGGAUCAGCAGUACAGGGCACAAAGUUUUCUGAGCUGCUUUCUCCUCCCUGCCUUGCUCUUUAGCCAUUUCUCCCCCUCUCCCUUUUCUGUGUGUCCAGCUGGAGGAGAAGGAGGAGGAGGAGGAUUGUUGGGAGGCAGGGCCCAUGUGCUGCCUGUGCCGUUUCUCUCCUCCCUUCCCCCUCUUCCUUGCCAUUCUCAACUGGAGGGAGAGGAGGAGGAUUAGGGGCAGCGGCAGUGGCGACCCCAGUGCUGCCUGCGUGCUUUCUCCUCUUCCUCCCUCUCUUCGUGCUUCAUGGCCAGCUGGAGGAGGAGGAGGAGGAUUGGGAGGAACAGCUGCGCGGAGGCAUAGGAGCCUUUGACUGGGACCCCCUGUGCCAUCCCCGCCACUCGUCCUCCUCCUCCAUGGCCAACCAGCUUCGGAGCCUCGCCUCCAGGCUCUCCUGCUAGGCUUGAACCGAAUAUAAGCCGAGAGAGGUUUUUUCAGCCUUAAAAAAGGGCUGAAAAACUCAGCUUAUAUUCGGGUAUAUACGGUACUAUUCCGACUUUUUAUAGUAUUCCCUUUCUUCACGCCCAUUUCCUCCGUUUCACUCUCAUUGGAGGAUAUAAAUAUUUCUCAAAUCCUCCCUUUUUGUCCACCUCUGAGAAUUGCUAAGCUGCAGUUGCCUGGACUACUCCAUUUUUUAAAUUUCUUUCCCCCCAUGAUCCAGGUAGUCAGACAUCACAGGGCUCCAUCUUUAUUUUCUGUCAAAACUUGUCCUUUCUCUCAAUUUCAAUAUUACUGUUUUUGAAUCUCAUCAGAUUGUAUUGGCAGGAUUAUAGAAACUAGUGAAAAAGGAAAGGGGCUACCGGUUACAAGAAAAAUAAAAUGAUGUUCUACCCUGUUGGAUUGGCACGUGGGAUGGAUUACCUUUCCAGCCAUCCCAGGAUGGCAUUCAUAGGAGUUCUCAAUUGUUUUAUGCAAAAUACUAAUUAAUCAUAUCUUUAUAUUUGAGGCAGCUCACGUUAAUUGGCAAAAGGUGUCAUUAACGACUGUACUGCUUUUUUGAGCUGCUCACAAUCCUAUAUAACAUAGGAAUCUGAGAUUUGUGUUGAAAUGAAUUCUGAAUUUAUGUCAAAAGGUGAUGUUCAUUAAUUUGCAGCUAACCUCCAGCAGUUGUCUCCUGCAUUGUAUGUGUAUGUAUUUAUAUAUAUGUAAAGAUAUGUAUGUUACUUCACUGUAUUAUAAUAUGCGUAAUACCAAAUUUCCUCACUAAUAAAACUGGUCAUUUUUAUCUUUUA